AUGGCCGACCUGGAGGCGGUCCUGGCCGACGUGAGUUACCUGAUGGCCAUGGAGAAGAGCAAGAGCUCACCUGCCGCCCGCGCCAGCAAGAAGAUCGUCCUGCCCGAGCCCAGUAUCCGCAGCGUGAUGCAGAAGUAUUUGGAGGAAAGAGGAGAACUGACCUUUGACAAGAUCUUCAACCAGAAGAUUGGUUUUCUGCUGUUCAAGGACUUUUGCCUGAACGAUGUUGAAGAAGGGGUCCCGCAGCUGAAGUUUUACGAAGAGAUCAAAGAGUACGAGAAGCUGGACUCGGAGGAGGACCGCUUCAAUGGAUGGUACAUCGUGGUGGUGGUGCCUUUCUCAAAGCCGACUGUCGAUCACGUGCAGUCCCACCUCGCCAAGAAGCAAGUCCCGCCAAACCUUUUCCAGCCCUACAUAGAAGAAAUCUGUGACAGCCUGCGGGGGAAAACUUUCCAGGCAUUUCUGGAGAGUGAUAAGUUCACUCGGUUUUGUCAGUGGAAGAACGUAGAACUGAAUAUUCAUCUGACCAUGAAUGACUUCAGCGUGCAUCGGAUCAUCGGCCGGGGAGGCUUUGGGGAAGUCUAUGGCUGCCGAAAAGCAGACACGGGGAAAAUGUAUGCGAUGAAGUGCUUAGAUAAGAAGAGGAUAAAGAUGAAGCAAGGAGAAACGCUGGCCUUGAAUGAAAGGAUCAUGCUCUCCCUCGUCAGUACUGGCGACUGUCCUUUUAUCGUGUGCAUGACUUACGCUUUCCACACCCCCGACAAGCUGUGCUUCAUUCUGGACUUGAUGAAUGGGGGUGAUCUUCACUACCACCUCUCCCAGCACGGGGUGUUUUCGGAGAAGGAGAUGCGUUUUUACGCCACUGAGAUCAUCCUCGGCCUGGAGCACAUGCACCACCGCUUUGUGGUCUACAGAGACUUGAAGCCGGCAAAUAUCCUCCUGGAUGAACACGGCCACGUAAGGAUAUCGGACCUGGGCCUGGCUUGCGAUUUCUCCAAGAAGAAGCCUCACGCCAGCGUGGGCACCCAUGGGUACAUGGCCCCCGAAGUGCUACAGAAGGGGACGGCGUACGACAGCAGUGCCGAUUGGUUCUCCUUGGGCUGCAUGCUCUUCAAGCUUCUCCGAGGGCACAGCCCUUUCAGACAGCACAAAACCAAAGACAAGCACGAGAUCGACCGCAUGACGCUGACUGUGAAUGUGGAACUGCCCGACUCGUUUUCCGCUGAGCUGAAGUCCCUUCUGGAAGGGCUCCUGCAGCGAGACGUCAGCAAGAGGCUGGGCUGCCAGGGGGGCAGUGCGCAAGAAGUAAAGCAGCAUCCUUUUUUCAAAGGGAUCGACUGGCAACAUGUCUAUCUGCAGAAGUACACUCCCCCCUUGAUUCCUCCCCGAGGAGAAGUGAACGCUGCCGACGCUUUUGACAUUGGCUCAUUCGAUGAAGAAGACACAAAAGGCAUUAAGUUGCUGGACAGCGACCAAGAGCUGUACAAGAACUUCCCCCUGGUCAUCUCAGAGCGCUGGCAGCAGGAGGUGGCCGAGACGGUGUACGAUGCCAUCAAUGCGGACACGGACAAGAUCGAAGCCCGGAAACGAGCAAAGAACAAGCAGCUGGGGCACGAGGAAGAUUACGCUCUGGGGAAGGACUGCAUCAUGCACGGCUACAUGCUGAAGCUGGGGAACCCCUUCCUGACACAGUGGCAGCGGCGCUAUUUCUACCUUUUCCCCAACCGGCUUGAGUGGCGCGGAGAGGGAGAGUCGCGGCAAAACCUGCUGACAAUGGAGCAGAUCGUGUCCGUGGAAGAGGCUCACGUCAAGGACAAGAAAUGCAUCUUGCUCAGGAUUAAAGGAGGGAAGCAGUUUGUGCUGCAGUGCGAGAGCGACCCCGAGUUUGUGCAGUGGAAGAAGGAGCUGACCGAGGCCUUCACCGAAGCUCAGCGGCUGCUGCGUCGAGCACCCAAAUUCCUGAAUAAGUCCCGUUCCGCGGUGGUGGAGCUCUCCAAGCCGCCCCUGAGCCACAGGAACAGCAAUGGCCUUUAGGAGCCAUUGGGGGGGAGGACAGAAGACGGCCGGGGGCGUGGCGGCCCGGGCGUGGCUGCACCUCUCCCGGUUCCUCCCGCACUCUACGGAGCGGGGUGCCCUCUGGCGGGCAAGAGCGUUGGCCCUCGGUGCCCGGGACGAUGCCAGGAACCCACCUCCAGGAGUCGGGGGAGGCUGAUGCGGCGGCGGGAGAGAGGAUGGACGUGGGGCAUUCUGCUUGCCCCCCCCCGCGCCUGUGUUUCUCAGUGGGCUGAAACCCCCAAAGGAGGAAAGGGCUGCUGCUUUGUGACAAACCUGUUCCAGUGCACUCUCUCAGACUGGCCGGUGGCAACGACGGCCACCCAUUCUCGGAUUGCGUUGCUCCACCCAGAAGGCAGAGGGGCCCUCGCCCCCGUGGCAGGACAGGAGCUUUUCGGGGAUGCUGCACCCGCCCAUCUCGGGGGGGAGGGGGCUUUCCCGAACCCUUGCCCCGUUCUGCUGGCCCUCAGCAGUGGGACCCCUCCCCGAUCUCCCCGCUGUCCCACUCAGCGGAGGAACCCUCCACGUCUGUGGUUUGAAACAUCCUGCUGCUGCUGCGGCUGCUGCUUCACGGAGAAGACGUCGCAUCCCGAGUCGUUUGUUGCACUUUGUUGCUGUCCUCUGCCUUUGUUUUGCUUCUCUCCCCCCCACCUGCAGAACCGUCCCAGACAGGGGAGAGGAGAG